CGACGCUCGUGAUUUCCCUCAUUCCACGUGUCGUUCAUCUGGGAUACACAUAGCUUUGGUCUCCUCUGGAGAAAAUGGAAACAUACAGAACACACUUUGUCAUGUGGACUGUCCUGGGAUUAACAGCAGUCUUCAUCUCUGCCUCAGCCCAGUCAGAUGUGCAAGCAAUUGUGGAACAGAAGGUCCUCCUGCAAUGCCCCUGCGUAAAACGAAAUGAGAAAAUGAACAUAUACUGGCAGCUAGAAGAGCAUACCACCGUGCUCUAUCAUGAUGGAAGUCAUAACAACACAACCAUAGGGAAUGGAUAUGAAAACAGGGUCCGUCUCUUUCUGAAUGAAGACAAGGACAACUGUUCCCUGCUCCUCUCAGGCAUCACUGUGGCAGACAACGGGGUGUACAAAUGCUCCUAUACAGCCAACGCUUAUGUCUACAAAAACGUUAUUCUACAUGUGGCUGCGAGCUACAGUGUCUAUAUGGACCUCGUCUCAGACCAGGCUUCGGCGUGUUCCGGAGGGGGAGAGGGGUCGGGGGUGUACCAGUGUAAAGCCUCCGGGGGCUAUCCAGAGGGCCAGAUUCACUGGGAGCUGGAUGGACAUCCUCUGGUGAACCCCUCCAGGAGGGAUGUGACCCACCUGGACAACUUUACAGGACUCUACAGCCUGACCAGCAACCUGACCAUCGAGCUGAAUAAGGGUGAAAAACUGCAGUGUGUGGUGGAGAACACAGCCCUGGCCUCUAAUCUCACCUCCAACUCCAGCUGCAAUCAAAAGCUUGUGUCCAUGGGAACUAGCAGUCCUGAUAAAGUAGUGGUUGCAGGAGUUGUGGCUGUCAGUCUGGUUGUGAUGUUUAUUGUGGGAGUCCCGCUGGUGUUCUUACUAACUAGAUGUUGCCGACAUGAAAGGUCAACGGUUCACCAGCUGACCUCUAUCAAGACACCCAUGUCGACUGGAUUCCCACUGUGAAGAUGAGCAAUGCUGCAGCAACAUCAUUUUCUACUUCUACUACUUUGUCCUUUUCCAAAUAUGAAAGGAGACAUCCUAUGGUAGAAAAAUUACAAUCUCUGUUAUGCACUAUAUAAAAGUGAUUUUUUUAAAUCAAAUGUUUGUUCAUGUAAGAGGAAGCUAGUAUUUUCCCUUUCUGUCUGUGUGCUGCUUAAGUCACGCGGCCAAAAGACAAAGGGCCGUUUGAAAGGGACCACAGUUUUGGUUCAUCCUGUUGCUUUGGUAUCUUUCAAGGGCACAGCUGUGAGGAGAACAGAGGCUAGCUUGAGAAGAAGCAGCUAAAUAUCAGCAGAAAGGAGUAACGGAACUGUCGUUAUCACUUGUUUAUUCCCACCAUGAUCUCACACACCUGCUAAACUGCACAUACAUAAAUGAGAUUGUAUCUUUCUAUAAAAACGGAGACCCGACCCUGGUCACCUACGGGUGGUUUGUUGACCAGCUCCAUUAUUGCAAUAAUGAAUCGAUAUUAAAGUAUGAUUGUUUGAAGAAAUUGAAAGUCUCUUCCUUACUUGAUUAGAAUUUCCACGACAACCCCCUAAUUAUACAAGAUGGUUGUUAUAUGCUGUGGUCAAUCUGAAUGAUUCGGUUGUGCCAUUUGAGUAGAGCACCUUCACCCUUAAACCAUAUGAAUAUAUAAAAUGUAA